AUGCUAAAUUUAGGCACACCAUGAAUUUGAGUACCGACAGUCCGUAUAAAAGGCCGUGCAAUGGCCAAGUAAAUAUCACUUGUGUUUUACACUGCAAGAUAUCAGUAUCAGCAGAGCGACUUAUCUAUAACUAUGAUAUCUUCAAACGGAAAAGGUUUAAUGGCUCUUCACCUCCUACUAACUGUGCUACCAUAUGUGGUGGUAGCUUCGACAUUGCAACGGACAAUAAGCUUCAGUUCGUCCGCUGUAAACCAGCAAUGUUUCAGUUGCGACAACGCAAGGUCAAAUGCAGAUUGUCAAAAAAUGGUCACUUGUCAACGAAACGAAAAAGCGUGCCAAACAGAAAUUCGGGUUUACAGUAUCGGGAACACGUUUGCUGUUAGAAUAAAAAAGGGGUGCAAGCAAGAACAUGCAUGCAACAACAAUUUCCUCCAAAACGAUCGUCCUGGUUGGCCAAGCACACAAUGCAACGAUAUUCCAAACACUCCUUUAUCAGUGUGCAGAUAUUGCUGUAACACACCUAACUGCAACGGCGACCUGCAGGAGCGUCAAUGUACAGAAUUAAAAGCUCCCGAACAUGGUACAGUUACUUGUUCAUUCAACACCCAGUACAACACUACUGUGUGCGACUUCCGAUGUGACCAGUGUUACAACGUUGUUGGGUCAGAUAGCAGAAUAUGCCUUGAAAGUAAACUGUGGUCAGGCGCAGAAACUGAAUGUGAAUACGACACAAGAUGUGAUCGCUGUGAUGCUACGAUGCUAACUCCUCCAGAAAAUGGUGAAACUACCUGUACGGAUGGCCGCACUGUCGGUUCAGUGUGUAGCAUCCAAUGUGCGGAUGGCUACGACUUGAUUGGACAGGCAGAAAUCACGUGUGAAGUGACGAAACAGUGGAGUCACCCUAAGCCUGUUUGCACGAAGAAAAUUACGUGCCCAAAACUUUUAUCGCCACCCCAUGGAACAUACUCUUGUACACCGGAUGAUAUUUCAGUUAACUCCGUAUGUUCGAUACAGUGUGAUCUAUGUUACCGAACAGAAAGCGAUAACCUCUUGCCGCAAAAUGACGACGAAGCCAACCGCGUAUGCCAAGAUGAUGGUACUUGGUCAAACGAACCGACUCAAUGCAUAUACGAUCCAAUGUUCGAUGUAAACUGUCCGGAUUCCUAUUGUAACGAUGAUAUGACAACGCAACCUAGUUUCGGAUCUGUUGAUUGUACUGACGGCGCUAGGUGGCACUCGAACUGCUCGUUUGAAUGCAGUGAAGGGUAUACGCUGCAAGGUGAACAAGUUGUAACGUGCAUGAACGACAAUUCAAAUUGGAAUAAUGAGAAGCCAUACUGCAAACAAGACUGUCAUGAACUAGCUAUUGAGUCCUCAGACGGCAAUUCUUGCGUUUGCAGAAGAGGAUAUACAGGUGAUGGUUAUACAUGCACGGAUGUGAACGAAUGCAGCGACAAUUCAUUAAACCAGUGUCAUGAAUUUGCUACUUGUACCAACACUGCAGGAUCCUAUUUGUGCAAUUGUAUUGCUGGUUAUGAGGGAAAUGGAUUUUCAUGCGUUGACAUUGAUGAGUGUUUGACGGGGGAAGCAGAUUGUUACAUGGAUGACGGAAAAGUUUGUGUAAAUACACCUGGGAGUUAUGAAUGCAGUUGUGCAGCUGAAUAUACUGGAGAUGGAAUUAAUUGCACAAAAGUGGAGUUGCCUUGCCCUCCACAUGAAUUAUUAGAUGGAGAAUAUUGCUUCAGAUAUCUUGUGGUAGAUCCUGAACACCCAUCAUUUACUGCAUCGGACGCAUGUGCUAACAUUGAAAGUGGUCACCCUGCUACUAUUCGUACUAUGAUGGAUUAUCAAACACUUAAUGCUAUUUUACUGGAUAAAUUAGUUCCUGACGGUGACAUGACAACUAAAAUUCUUGGUCCAUGGAUUGGAUUAGAUGACCGAUACAUGGCUGGUGUGUAUAGGUGGAGAGAUGGCUCAUUAUUGUCACCAACUGACUACCAAGUUUGGGCUGAAGGUCCACCAAGAAUGAGACCAGUGGGAGGGCGUCCAGAGCCAAGAUGUGUGCACUUGGUUUCGGAUCCAGAAAACUAUGGAACACGAGAUUUUAAAUGGACCGAGCUACUUUGCAGUGAAUUGGCAAGAUAUGUUUGCGAUACAGAGAAAACUAAUGAACAAGUGAAUUUGUGCCAGCCCGCUCUGGCCGGUAUGCCUAAUGGUAAAAUCUCAUGUUCUGAUGGCUGGCAACAAGGUUCAACUUGUGAGUUCGAAUGUAAUGAAGGCUAUGAACUUAUGGGACCAAGCUCUUCUGUAACAUGCCUUGGACCAUACAUGUUAUGGAGUAACAUACUACCGCAGUGUGUUGAAUCUGUCUGCUCACCAGUCAUAAGUGCACCAAACAGCGGUUCAGUGUCUUGCACGAACGGCAACAAAGUUUCGUCAAGAUGUGCAUUUUCCUGUGAUAAUGGAUACAGUAUACACGGCAGCCCAGAAAUUGAAUGUCGACAAAACUUGACUUGGAGUGACAGCAAAGCCUGCUGUGUCGACUCAUGCCCCCCAAAAGCAAGAAUGGACUUGAUUUUUAUCAUGGAUAGCUCUGGUAGUAUAGGAGAAGAAAACUUUAAAACAAUGAAACAGUUUGUUAAAAAUGUAUAUGAGAGAUUUACGCUGUCAGAUGAGUUCACUAGAAUAGCAGUCGUUACUUUCCACUCUGUUGUACAACUUGCCAAUGAUACUGAAUGGUUUUACUCGAAAACUGAGCUUGACAAUGCGAUCGACUCUUUACAGUUUGCUGGCAAGGGAACAUUAACAGGACAAGCUCUGACUUUCACACGAGAACAUUUGAUUGGAAAACGUGAAGGAUCCACCAAUGUUGUCAUUGCUGUGACAGAUGGUAACUCAAAGGACAACUCGAAAGCUGCAGCGGCUGAAUUACGAAAUAUGAACGUUCACGUGAUGGCUGUUGGUAUCACGGGGUCUCAUCUCCGUGAUUUGAGCAUGAUCGCAUCGAAGCCGGCAAGCGAAAACGUCCUCAGUCUCUCACAAGUUGAAGACAUCAAUGAUGUGAUUGAUGUCGUUGGAAGAAGAGUUUGCAACUUUCAGUGUUAAUUAACGUGUGCUUUGUUUAUUUGUGGUGAAAAAUAAAGUGUGUUCAUGUAUUUACUUGUGAGUUAUGUUAAAAAAUAAACUUUAAAAUAGUGUUGACGGUUACAAAAA